UGGAUUCUAUCCAUUGUGAGCACUUUAUAUUUUCAAUUCUAUGCUUAAACAGUCAUUAAGUCAUGUUGCUUGUGCACCAUAGCAGGCUUUUAAGGUGAGGCAAAUGUGAUAAUGGAUCAGUUUGAUUCAGAAUUUUACCAGUCAGAUUACAUCAUUGAAGAACAUGAACCAGGAGAAUAUGGAACAGUGACAAACAGACUAUAUGAGAAAAAUAGAUAUGUAUCAAGCCAGCCUGAAUUUACAAAUCCAGGAUUUGUACCCUUUCCUAUGGAUCAGUCCGGCAUGAUGUACGCAACACCUUAUAAUCCUCCAUAUCUUUCUGAGCACAGUGAACAUUUUGACAAUGAACCUCCACUAUUGGAAGAAUUGGGCAUUAAUUUUGAACACAUUUGGCAGAAGACCUUAACAGUUCUAAAUCCAUGGAAACCUGCAGAUGGCAACAUUAUGAAUGAAACAGACCUGACAGGUCCCAUGCUUUUCUGCUUUGCUCUUGGAUCAACACUCCUACUGGCAGGAAAGAUUCAUUUUGGCUAUGUGUACACCAUGAGCAUACUAGGCUGCCUGGGAAUUCAUGCUUUGUUAAAUUUGAUGAGUAUACCAGGUGUCUCCUACGGCUGUGUUGCCAGUGUGCUGGGCUACUGCCUUCUCCCUUUGGUGAUCCUUUCCUCCUUUGCAAUCUUAUAUUCAUUACAAGGAAUUGUUGGGACAGUAUUGGCAGCUGCUGUUAUUGGAUGGUGCAGUUUCUCAGCUUCAAAAAUAUUCAUCACAACGUUGGCUAUGGAAGGACAGCAGUUCCUCGUGGCAUACCCUUGUGCGCUGCUCUACGGACUAUUCGUCCUGCUCACAAUUUUUUGAUGUCUGUUCCCAAAUGUAUAUGAUGUGCCUCAAUAAAGUGCAAUCUCAACACCAUUGCCUGUUAGAUAAAUAUAAGAGAUGUGUUUGUAAAUACCGUUUUUGGCCAAGAACGACAGGGUUUGGUUCUCUAACAGCUUUAUAAAACACCAAUUUGAAGUAACUGUUAAUAUCUCAUCAUAGAUAACAUCUCAUGAUUUCAGUUUUUACAGAACAAAAUAAUGUUGUUUUCUUUUUUUUAAUAAAAAAUAUUGAAAUACA